AUGGAUAAAGAUAAGUCUAAUUCAGGUGGAGGAGAAAUUAAAUACAGAGGAGUGAGAAAGAGGCCGUGGGGGAAAUACGCGGCGGAGAUAAGAGAUAUUAACAAAAACGGAGCAAGGGUGUGGCUGGGGACUUAUGGUACUGCAGAAGAAGCUGCAAGAGCUUAUGAUAAAGCCGCCUUCGAAAUGAGAGGUCGUUUUGCUGUUCUCAGUUUCCCCCAUGAGUAUCCAUCUUUAUCCUCUCACCCUCCUUCUCCUUCUCCUUCUCCUUCUUCUUCUUCUUCUUCUUCUUCUUCUUCUUCUUCUUCUUCUUCUUCUUCUUCUUCUUCGUCUUGUUCAUAUUCUUUGUCAUCUUCGUCAUCAUCAUCAACGUCCCAGUCGUCUGUUCACAAUGGACAUGAAGUAAAAGAAGUGAUUGAAUUUGAGUACUUGGAUGAUAAGUUAUUGGAGGAGCUUCUUUGUUUCGAAUAUGACAAAUCCCAGUACAAGUAGAUAUGAGCUAUUAGGUGUCUUGCGUUAUUUACUUUUGCAUAUGCAUGUUUAAGGAGAUCGU